AUGGCACCCCCACGUAGCUGUUUCUUUCAUCUCCUCUUGUCUUGCUUUCUGCUAGCUGCGACCAGCAGAAGCUCAGACGCAGGCGGCGGUGCGCCCCAGCUGCAAGACAUUGACUGCUCAACCGAAGGCAACUACACCGCCACAGAUGCCUACGCCGCCAAGCUAAACCAACUCCUCGCCACGCUGCCGAUCACCACCGUCUCCAAGAACGGCGGCUUCUUCAACGGCACGGUCGGCCAGGGUACUCCCGUCGUCGUCUACGGCCUUGCCAUGUGCUCUGCUGACUUCUCACGGCCGGACUGCACCGACUGCCUCACCGCGGCCAGCUCCAACGCCACUGGACUCGCGAAACGUUGCCCUGGCAGCGUAACAGCCUCCAUCAUGUUCGAUCAGUGCAUGAUUCGCUACUCCAACCGCAGCUUCUUUGGUACCGCAGAGACUGAUAUCGCCUUCAGCCAGACUAGCAGUGAAAUCGUGGCCUCGAAGAUACAGUACAGCGACAACUUGAAGCAGGGCUUAGCUUAUCUCAGCGCGCAGGCGGCGAUGUCGCCGGAGCGGUUCGCCGCGAGCUCGACGGCUCCAUUCGCUCUGGUGCAAUGCACGUGGGACCUCCCAUCGGACAAGUGCAAGGCGUGCAUCGACACCCUGUCGGCGAACGCAACCAACCUGUUCCAGGUCGGGAUCGAAGGGCAGACCAAGACCUACAGCUGCCGUGUCAGGUACAGCAACGCCAGCUUCACCGUGGUGCCGCUCGUUGAUCCAGCAGGUAAUAACAUAACAGGACCUCCUAAUUCUAUUGACACUACUACAAAUAAAAUCUCCAGUAAAGCUAUCAUUGCUGGAGCUGUAACCGGCACAGUAGUGAUUGUGGGGAGCAUGAUAGCCGUUCUCUUUUGUCUUAUACGGAAACGUCAACUUCCGUACCAGCGUCUUAAAAAUGAAAGGAAAGAAGGAGGAGUCAUGAAACUGGAAUUUUUGGUCGAAAUUACAAGUAAUUUCUCUGAAGGAAAUAUACUCGGCACUGGGGCAUUUGGACAAGUAUACAAGAUGUAG